AUAUAUUUAUAUCUUCAUGCCCGGCCUUGCCAACACAGACAUUUAUUGAAUAAAUUUUUAUUUCUGUAUGUAAAAAUUUGUUAAAGCUAGGUAUUGAUUUAUCAUGUUUGAAUCCUUUAUGAGAUCUUGAAUCCAUUAUUUCUUCUAUUUUACUGAUAGCAAUUUAUUGAUUGCAUUUAUUUUUUCAAUUUCUUUUAGCCCUGUUGCCAAAGCAAGAAGAAUCACUUCAAAAAUGAAAGCAGAAUGGAUCAAAGAAUUAAAGGAAUGUGGCCAUUUGAGAUGUCCAAUGAUAGGCUGCUUCCAGUCUUAUGUAUCUGUAAAUAGUUUUGAAGCUCAUUACAAGUGGUGCACUGGAAAUGAUGAUUUAAAGCCAUGUCCAUAUUGCAAGUCUCUUAUAUUUGCAUCUUUCAGUGCUUCAUUGCAUCACAUGAACAUCAAACAUCCAGAAAAAGUUGAAGAAUAUCAAGCCAAUGUCCCUAAUGUUGAGGUGAUUUUUCUUCAAGAAUCAGUUGAUCAUGAGGCAAAAUUAAACAAAACUCAUAAUGAAGGAAAUAGUAUCUAUACCCCAAAUAACCCUUUUUCCAAGAAAGCAUCAUCAAAUCUUGACAGAAAUUUGCUUAAUAAAACUGAAGUUUCAAACUUAAAAGAGUUUGAAGAAUGUAUUAACUUGGAUAACAUUUCUAGUUUCAAAUGUGACACUGAAGCUGCUGAAACUGAACAAAAGUUUAAGAAUGCUACCAAUGUUAAAAUAUUUGAGUCAAAGAAAAACAAAUAUAUCAAGAAAAAGUACAAAACGAAAGGCAUUUUGUUCUCUGAACGGCAUAAAAGGUUUAUUGAAACUUUAAAAUUAAAUCGAGAUUGUACAUCAGAAAGAAAAACAUAUACCCGACCUAUCUUAAAGUGCUCAGAAGACUCACCAGACAAAAUAAAUGUGCAAGAAGAACCAAUUAAAACCUCAAAUGAGACUCACAGAAGCGUACAAUCUAAGAGUUCAUCUUUACAAAUUAAAAAUUCUUUGGUUGCAAACAUCCUGUCCAUUGGAUUUCCUGACACAAUAAAUAAACUUGGGAAAUGUAUAGAUGGGAGUAUUAAAAAUAAUUCUGAUUCUGACAAGACUCAGGUAGACUACAAUUCAUGCCUAAAUGAUGAACAAUCAGUUAAUUUAAAAUCAUUUACGAAUAUGGGAUAUUGCGAGGGGAAUGAAACAAUGAGGGACUCUUCAUUGUUAACUUGCUCUGCUACUGAUUUGGAAGAAAGUAUUGUAAAUGAAGCAAAUAGACUUCCAAAUUUUGAUUGUUUAAAUGCAAGUAAAAAAAAUAACGAUGAGUUUUCUCAUAAGAAAAAAACUAACUUAAAAGUAUAUGCCAUGGAAAGAAAUAUAAAACAUCAAAAAAAAGCAUCCAAAAAGUCAACAAAGCAAAGCUUAGUGAAGCAGCAUCAACAACAUGAAGUUUCACAAACAGUUUUUCCUGACCAACUUUUAAUUAAACAUUCUCAUAAUGAUUCUACAAUUUGCAAUUCUAUUUCUAAAACAAGUGUUUAUAUCAACAAAAAUAGCUCAGAAAACUUAAAACGCAAAAAAAAGUCUUUGAGAGACUUUCGAUCUGAAUCUCGGGGACUUAUUACUUCAUAUCAAACCUGUGUGCAAAAGAGAAAACGGAAAAUACCUAAAAAGUUUCCAUUGUUAUCAAGUAUAGAUGAAAAAAAUGAUUCUGAAAAAGGAAGUUGUGAUCAUAAAAGACGCCUUAUCAGGCGAUUCAAAUGACCAUAUUCUAAGUUCUACAUUAAAUAUUCAUUUAACUUUACUCUGUAAUCAAUGUAAAUCAAGUAAAAAAGUUAUUGAAUCA